AUGACCUUGACAUCGAUUCCCACCACGCAAUUGAAAGAUGGCACAUCGAUCCCCGUGAUCGGAUAUGGAACUGGCACUGCCUGGUUCAAAAAAGUGGGCGAUACUGGUGUCAAUCGCGAAUUGGUUGAAUCGGUUAAAACCGCUAUCCGAUUAGGAUAUCACCACCUGGAUGGCGCCGAGGUUUACGGUACGGAGCAGGAGUUGGGCGUUGCAAUCAAAGAGUGUGGUGUCCCGCGAGAAAAAUUAUUCGUGACAACGAAGGUGAACCAGAACAUUGCCGAUAUUCCCAAGGCACUCGAUGAUAGCUUAGCCAAGCUUCAACUGAGCUAUGUUGACCUUUACUUGAUACACCAGCCCUUUUUCGCCAAAUCUCCAAGUGAACUUCAAGAUGCCUGGGCGGCUAUGGAGAAGGUGAAGCAAGCGGGCAAAGCCCGAGCGGUUGGGGUAUCCAACUUUCUUGAGAGCCAUUUGGAGACGAUCGCGCAAUCCGCAAAGAUCCUGCCAGCGAUCAACCAGAUUGAAUACCACCCGUAUCUGCAGCAUGGUUCCCUCAUUCCGUAUCAAGAGGAGAAGGGAAUCACAACAGCAAGUUAUGGACCGCUCACACCAGCCACUCGAGCUAAGGGGGGGCCUUUAGAUCCAUUGUUGUCGAAACUUGCUGGGAAGUAUGGUGUUGGCGAGGGAGAAAUUCUUCUGAGGUGGUCACUUGAUCGUGGCACCGUGUCCAUCACCACCAGCGGGAAAGAGUCUCGCCUGAGUACAUACCUGGAUGUGCUAAAAUUCCACCUAACGCCUGAGGAAGUGGACGAGAUAUCACGGAUCGGUAACCAAAAGCAUUACAGAGCCUUUUGGCUUGAGAAGUUUGCGGCCGAUGAUCGCUCAUAG